CACACAGUGUGCGCAGGGGGGAGAUGUCUCGAGAGCGUAUCACAGACAACCCUCCUCCUCCUGUAAGACGCAGUGCCAGAACAGAGCAUCUCUGGUGGAAGAGCGCAUUUGCCAGAAAAAGGGGAAACCUCUCCCUUCCCAAAACUCAAAAUAGUUCCUAUCUGACAUGACAUGAAACAUCGGGAUCUUUCCUGCUGCGUGUAAAGACGAUGUAAAAAUUAAAGAAGGGGAGCUCCACCGGGGAACUAGGACGCACGGACGCCGAUGCGGAAUGUGCAGAAAAGAGCCUGGAGAUGCGCACAAAAAGUAGAGAGAAGUGAGUUUUUGGGGAGCCACAGGAUGGACACUGCGGAGGUUCUUUUGUCCGUGCUGGUGGUUGUGAUCAUCAUUGUGUCGUUGCUGUCCAACGUGGUGGUGCUGAUCUGCUUUUUGUACAACCCGGAGAUCCGCAAGCAGGUUCCGGGUCUGUUCAACCUCAACCUCACAUUCUGCAACUUGUUGCUGACGGUGUCCAACAUGCCGCUCACUUUGGUGGGACUAGUCAGCAAGGCUCAGCCAGGGGGAGACAGCUUCUGCCAGAUCGUGGGUUUCCUGGAGACUUUCUUGUCCACCAACUCUAUGCUGAGCAUGGCCGCUCUGAGCAUUGACAGGUGGAUCGCAGUGGUGUUCCCCCUGAGGUACCACUCCAAAAUGCGCCACAGAGACGCGGCGUUUGUGCUCGGGUACACGUGGGCGCACUCCGUGUCUUUUUCCACGGUGGCAGCUUGCCUCUCCUGGGUGGGAUACCACCGCCUUUACGCGUCCUGCACGCUGUCCAACCCGAGGGCGAGCAGCCGAACCCAAUUCGUCAUCUUCACGGUCUUUUUCCACUCCUUCACCUUUCUCCUGUCCUUCAUAGUGCUGUGUUUCACAUACCUCAAAGUUCUUAAGGUGGCAAGAUUCCACUGUAAGAGAAUCGAUGUUAUAACAAUGCAAACUCUCGUGCUGCUGGUGGACAUACAUCCCAGUGUUCGACAGCGUUGUCUAGAAGAGCAGAAGAGGCGGCGACAGAGAGCAUCGAGGAAAAUCAGCACCUUCAUUGGCACCUUCAUGCUCUGCUUUGCUCCCUACGUGAUCACAAGGAUUGUGGAGUUAUUUCCAGCAGUGCCUAUCAACCCUCACUGGGGAAUUGUCUCCAAGUGCUUAGCUUAUAGCAAGGCAGCCUGUGACCCCUUUGUGUACUCCCUGCUGCGACACCAGUACAAGAAGACAUGCACAGACAUAAUCAACAAGAUGCUCAAGCGCAGCUCCUUGAACGCAUCGGAACGUGCGCCUCAACACCAGGGCAAUAACUUACCAACAGCAGAAGGAUGAAGAGCUGACAACUAUCCUGGAAAUAUGAAUCCCAUUUAUUUCUGAUGAAGAAAAGGACAAAUGUUGUUUUUUUUUCUGUCCCUGUCAGCUCAAAAUCAGCCUGAUUUGUUGAAAAGGGUUUUUUUUUUAAACAGGAGAGACUGCAGGCAAAAGCAAACACAGCAGGAGUGCACCUGUGCUGAGUGGCCAGAGCAGCUGAUCAGCAUGAAGAAUUUGCUUUGAGGACAAUAAACAGCAGAUUUCCCCUUCAUCUGGAGAGACAAAAUGUGCUCAGCAAGGAAGAACAACUAGUUCAUAUUUUCUUUUUUUCUUCAUAUUUUAGUCUGAACAAAAAGUUUUUGUAAAAGGUGUUUGAAAAAGGUAGGAGUCUCUGUUAAGAGUUUUUGCAUGUAGCGGUGAUAACUAACCAAAACCCAAUGUUUGGAAGUGAUGUCCCCGAUAUUGUGGAUUAUAGUUUUACAUCAAUGCUGCUCAUAUUUUUAUGGUUUGGUAGAGUUAUGCUACGGUUACACCGGGCAUGUGAUGCGUGUUCAAGAACAUGAUGAUUGCAGGUUCUUGAAAGCACGUUUAGCACAUGGGGUUCACAUGACACAGGACUGGAGGGGCUUCUUCUUCCUCUUUGUAUUUUUUUUCUACUGUUUACUAGCGCUCGUCCACUACUUACAGUUGGAAGAGUCUUGGUACGAAAUAUCAAAUGCAAACCUCUUGAAUUUUGCUCCAGGCUUGUUCUUUCACAGCUCCAUUCUGAUACAUGAAGACUUGUUGUCACAUAGCUGGGCACAAACCACAAUUCUUAAUUUCUCCUCCGUGAGUUCAACUGGUUUAACUUUCAACGUGCGUGCAAUGGCCGACGUUCUGCAUGUAGACCACAAAAUGAAAAACUUGUGUAGCGAUGCGUUAAAGCGGAAGUCCAAAACGUACGUUGAUGCUUAUUUACAUAGAGUUUUCAUUGCUUGACUGCAAGUUCCCGAGGGCGGUGUGAACGUAGCAUUGGAAUUAACGCAAUAUUCUUUUGUUCCCUAUAAUUGAAGUACACAUUUUACUUUUGAUGAUCUAACAUCACGCUGGGCUUUUACCACUCAUUUUAAACAUUUCACUGAACUAUCCCAAUUUUUUAAUGGUUAAAAAACUCCCUUAGACCAGCUGCAUUUGCUGUUUUGACCACCCUUUAGGCUAUUUAUUCAAGUGGAACAUGAUCUCUUGUACUUGGGUUAGUACACACAGCCACGAGUGACCCAAUAAGACUAUUUGUUGUUCAUUUUGAGUUGAGUUGAUUACUAAGACAGAUCUUUAAGCCUGAAUCUAAACAUUUCUGAGAACAAAUUCAUCUCUGGAGGCUGAACUAAUGAUUUUCUUUGGUUUGUGGUUUGCCCUCAUUAAACGUCUCUGCUUUCUGCCAGAAAUGUCAAGGGAUAAUGGGAAUAGCUUAGAGAGGCAACUAAAACUUUUAUUUAAAAAAGUAAGAUUGUAUAAAAACUUCCGUAGGGAAAUCACUGGUACAUCAACCCUUCCAUGGUUGUGGGAAAGAAAAGCAUUUAUCUCAGAUGCUAUGUGUGAUACCCAAUUUUUUGGGAGCUCAAGCACCCAGCAAAUACCCAAAACACAAGCACACAUUAAAAAAAAAAAAUCUCACAUGAAGGUUAAAACAGUGCAUGAGAAAAACUAGUAGUUUUGAAGGUGGGAUCCUCGAUUUCUGCUGGAUGUUCUUGUGUAACCAACCAAAGACAAAACAUAAAAGUUAGAUAAGAGAUAAUGGAAAUGUAAACCAAGACAGAAAAUCCUUUUAAAUCUCAAAACAUUCAUGCUUUGUUUUUUAAUCAAUACCUAGUAUGGUAAACUCAAUUUAAAAGUUUUGUCUCUACUUAUGUAAUAGAAAAGAAAAAAGUUAAAAUAAGUGUUUGAGUUUGAUAAACCUAACAUUUUAGGCUGUAGAUUUGUUUAAUUUUUUUGAAAAUAAAUUACAGCUUUGCCUCGAUUUGAUUUAAUUUGCGGUCAAAGCAACUUUAUUUUCCAGAAGUGUUUGUGCACUUAAAUCUUUGCAGCACAUUGCGUCUUCAUGACCUAAGUGGCAUUUGGACUGGUUUUGAUCCUUUGUAGCGCCAACAUGUGUUUAUUGGUGACAUGCAGGGUUAUUAAAGGAAGGAAAUGUAAACUGACUCUGUUUUGUACAUUUUGAUUAAACCCAGUUGCUAUUGCUGUAGCAUUUUGUAGUUUCCUGGCAUUUUAGGAGGACAGCUCUAAGCCCGUAAGCCCCUCUGACUUAUCCUCAUGGCUAAUGUUGAACCCAUUAUGCCACUUUUUUUCUGUGCCAAAGCCAGACAGUGCUGCACUAGAGCCUUUGGACUGGGCUCCACCUAUCCAUAAAAUAAAGUCUUCUCACUUCUAGAGAAAACAACAAAUAAAUAUAUUUCUACAGAGUUUUUAUUAAACAUAGAGGACUCCUUAAUGUUUAAUAUGGGACAAAGUAAGUGAUGAUUCCCCACUUUUUAGUAGCAUUUCAAAAUAAAACACGACUGAAAAGUUUUAUUCGGACAAAAUAUGGUAGUUUAAAACUCUAGUAAACAUAAAAGGCUUGAAUAUAAAAACUUUCUCAAAACGAAGAUAUUUUUUGGUGUAUUUUUUUCUUUACCUUGUUUUAAUUACCAUUUAGCAAUUUAAAUUUCUCUGUUAAAUCUUAAUAUUGUUUAAUUGUUGACUUUGAUGACAGCUUUUAAUUUUAAGAAAAACAGGCUAAAGAUUUUACUGGGUGCAAGAUAUAGAAGUAUUUUGGGUCUUUUGAUGUAUGAAAUUGUAAUUUAUUAGAACACUGUGUUUAAGUUUUACAGAAUGUGCUGCUUUUCAUGCAAAUGUGUUUUAUUGUUGCAUUUUGGUGACAAUGAGAUGAUUGUAGUAUACCACAUCUUUUUUGUUGGUGAUUGACUUGACUGCCUCAUGAGUUUUUUUGUUCUUCUAGGUACUAAAUCUAUGACUUGAAGCUGCUGGAGCUGUGUAUAGAAAAAGCAGCAGUGGUGAUGUAAUUUCAGGCGUGAUUAAUGGAUUAUGUUCUAUUUUUUAUAUGAUAAAAGCAAUGCUUUGUUGUUUUUUUUUGUUAAAUGUGAUUUGUUGAUUGGUUUAAUGACAGAAAUCGUUUUGAUAUUUUAACCAAAAAUAGUAAGUAAAUGUAUUAAUUGGAUAUUUAUAAAGGAAUAUUUAUAAAGCAGUUUAUGCUUCCUACUGAUGUUUCCUUUUGAUGUGUUUUUUUUUUCAUUUAAGGAAACAACAAAGCCAAAACAAGGGGAAAAAAGGUUUUCUUUCUUUUCUUUAUCAAUUACGAUUGUACCUUUCCUCUGAAUAGGAAGAUGAAAUUGCUCAAUGUGACAGAAACAACAUAAAUUAAAUAAAGCGUUGUAGAGUGAACCUGAACUAAAUGUUCCAUAGAACAGAAAUGACCCAAGCAACGAUGCACGAAAGUUUAAUCCUGUGAAAGAGUUUUUCAAUGCCGCAAUAGUCACUGCAAGAAUAUAAAACCUAAUCCUGGGACUUUACAACAUUAUCUGCUGCUAAAUUAAGAGAUUUUGAGCUAAACAUGAUUCCUGGUUUUAAGGAUGAUAUCUUCAUGAAACACUCUGGCCAGCUUAAACUGUUAAGUCUGUAUAGCAGAUAUGGAUCAAGGCUGUGAACUCUAUGGGGCCCUGAGGCUUUCUCAGCCACAAAUCAGCUGCAACAUUACCUUUUUGGGAGAUACCGUUAGGUGAGAUCAUUUAGAAUUAAAUUGUAUUCCCAGAUGUUUUUAUAUUUGUACUGAAAUAAUUUGAGCAUCUUAACCCUUUAACACCGGAGAUGUCACAGACGACAACUAAAUAACACAGGUUCUUUGACAUACCGUAAAUCUUUUACCAUACAUGUGAUCAACAUGAAUUUUAUAAAAAGCUGUUUUUCUCUGAAUCAGAAUCAGCUGAUUCAUUACACAAACACUUCACUGCUGUAAAGUGUUACAUUUCAGCACAAGGCUGCCUUUUUCCAUUUCAGAAUAAAAUUACUUGGAUUGCUUAAAUGGUUAAAGAGUUACGAUAGUCAAAAGAAUGUAUAAAAAUCUGAGCUAAACCUCUAAUAUAAAAGGGGUUGUUAGUAUGCUCGCUUCAGACAAAAUUUCCUUCAUUUUCAUUCUCAAAAUCUUUUGAUAAUAAAAACAAUGUACCUGCCUGGAAUUAUAAAUGUAAAAGGCAUUCAUUAAUAAUGUUUACAUCAGCUUUAAGUGCUGAUGUA